AUGAAGGCUGUUCGUAAUUUGCUGAUUUAUAUAUUUUCCACCUAUCUGCUGGUUAUGUUUGGAUUUAAUGCUGCCCAAGACUUCUGGUGUUCAACGCUGGUGAAGGGGGUCAUUUAUGGAUCGUAUUCUGUAAGCGAAAUGUUUCCCAAAAACUUUACAAACUGCACUUGGACGCUGGAAAAUCCAGAUCCGACCAAAUAUAGUAUUUACCUGAAAUUUUCCAAAAAGGACUUCAGCUGCUCUAACUUUUCUCUCCUGGCUUAUCAGUUUGAUCAUUUUUCCCAUGAAAAAAUCAAGGAUCUCUUAAAGAAUAAUCAUUCUAUAAUGCAGCUCUGCGAUUCCAAGAAUGCUUUUGUAUUUCUGCAGUAUGAUAAGAAUUUCAUUCAGAUACGCCGAGUCUACCCCUUCGAUUUCAUAGGAUUAUACAAAAAGGAAGAUGAUCAGAAAUCUUUCUUUGAAUUUUUGGUGUUGAACAAGGUGAGCCCAAGCCAAUUUGGUUGCCACGUAUUAUGCACUUGGCUGGAGAGUUGCUUGAAAUCUGAAAAUGGGAGAACGGAGUCUUGUGGAAUCAUGUAUACAAAAUGCACCUGUCCUCAGCACUUAGGAGAAUGGGGGGGAGAUGACCAUUCCCUGGUGUUGCUGAAUAAUGUAGUACUGCCCCUUAAUGAGCAGACGGAAGGCUGUCUUACCCAGGAGCUGCAAACUACCCAGGUCUGCAACCUUACCAGGGAAGCCAAGCGGCCACCAAAGGAAGAAUUUGGAAUGAUGGGAGAUCAUACAAUUAAAAGUCAGCGACCUCGAUCUGUUCAUGAGAAAAGGGUCCCUCAGGAACAAGCUGAUGCUGCUAAAUUUAUGGCACAAACUGGUGAAUCUGGUGUGGAAGAGUGGGCCCAGUGGAGUUCAUGUUCAGUUACUUGUGGUCAAGGGUCGCAGGUGCGAACCAGAACUUGUGUAUCACCUUAUGGGACACACUGCAGCGGCCCUUUAAGAGAAUCAAGGGUUUGCAAUAACACUGCCCUCUGUCCAGUACAUGGAGUUUGGGAGGAAUGGUCACCUUGGAGUUUGUGCUCAUUCACUUGUGGUCGAGGCCAAAGAACUAGAACAAGGUCAUGUAUACCUCCUCAGUAUGGGGGAAGAUCAUGUGAUGGACCUGAAACACAACAUAAACCUUGCAAUAUUGCUCUGUGCCCGGUUGAUGGACAGUGGCAAGAAUGGAGUGCUUGGAGUCAGUGCUCAGUGACAUGUUCCAAUGGCACGCAGCAGAGAAGUCGGCAAUGCACAGCAGCAGCUCACGGAGGCUCAGAGUGCAAAGGUCCAUGGGCUGAAAGCAGGGAGUGUUCCAACCCAGAAUGUACAGCUAAUGGUCAAUGGAAUCAAUGGGGUCAUUGGAGUGGGUGUUCCAAGUCAUGCGAUGGUGGCUGGGAGAAGCGGAUAAGGAUAUGUCAAGGAGCAGCUAUUACUGGACAACAAUGUGAAGGAACUGGAGAGGAAGUUAGGCGGUGUAGUGAACAGCGAUGCCCAGCACCUUAUGAAAUAUGUUCCGAGGAUUAUUUGAUAUCGAUGGUAUGGAAAAGGACCCCAGCGGGGGACAUGGCUUUCAAUCGGUGUCCUCUUAAUGCUACAGGCACCACUAGCAGACGCUGCUCUCUCAGUCUUCAUGGCGUGGCCUUCUGGGAACAGCCGAGCUUUGCUAGAUGCAUAUCAAAUGAGUACAGACACUUGCAGCAUUCAAUUAAAGAACAUCUUGCAAAAGGACAGAGGACACUGGCAGGUGAAGGAAUGUCCCAGGUGACAAAGACCCUUCUGGAUUUAACUCAGAGGAAAAAUUUUUAUGCAGGAGAUCUUCUGGUUUCUGUGGAAAUUCUUAGAAAUGUUACAGAUACAUUUAAAAGAGCAAGUUACAUCCCUGCAUCUGACGGUGUCCAGAACUUCUUUCAAAUUGUUAGUAACCUUCUGGAUGAAGAGAACAAAGAAAAAUGGGAGGAUGCACAGCAAAUAUAUCCAGGUUCAAUAGAACUAAUGCAGGUGAUUGAAGAUUUUAUACACAUUGUUGGAAUGGGAAUGAUGGACUUUCAGAAUUCAUACUUAAUGACUGGAAAUGUAGUGGCUAGCAUUCAGAAGCUUCCUGCAGCAUCUGUUCUAACGGACAUCAAUUUCCCUAUGAAAGGAAGAAAAGGAAUGGUCGACUGGGCACGUAAUUCAGAAGACAGGGUUGUUAUUCCCAAAAAUAUAUUCACCCCUAUUAGCAGUACAGAACUAGAUGAAUCCACUGUAUUUGUGCUUGGAGCAGUACUGUACAAAAAUCUAGAACUUAUUUUACCCACCUUAAGAAAUUAUACAGUUGUUAAUUCCAAAAUCAUUGUGGUUACCAUAAGACCUGAACCCAAAACAUCUGAUUCUCUUCUAGAGAUAGAAUUAGCUCAUUUGGCUAAUGGCACACUGAACCCCUAUUGUGCACUGUGGGAUGAUUCAAAAAUGAACGACUCUUUGGGAACCUGGUCCACCCAGGGAUGUAAAACUGUGCUCACCGAUGCAUCCCAUACGAAAUGCUUAUGUGAUCGUCUCUCUACCUUCGCCAUUUUGGCUCAGCAACCUAGAGAAAUAAUCAUGGAAUCAUCUGGUGCACCCUCAGUUACUCUUAUAGUAGGCAGUGGCCUUUCAUGCUUGGCUUUGAUUACCCUAGCAGUUGUCUAUGCAGCACUAUGGAGGUACAUCAGAUCUGAGAGGUCAAUAAUUCUAAUUAAUUUCUGCCUAUCUAUUAUCUCAUCAAAUAUCCUUAUAUUGGUUGGACAAACACAGACACAUAAUAAGGGCAUCUGUACUACGACCACUGCGUUUUUACAUUUCUUCUUUUUAGCUUCAUUUUGUUGGGUUUUGACGGAAGCGUGGCAGUCAUACAUGGCUGUUACUGGAAAAAUUAGGACACGGCUAAUAAGAAAACGCUUCUUAUGCCUUGGAUGGGGUUUACCAGCAUUGGUGGUGGCAAUAUCGAUAGGGUUUACCAAGACAAAAGGAUAUGGAACUAGUAACUAUUGCUGGCUGUCUCUUGAAGGAGGACUUCUUUAUGCUUUUGUUGGACCUGCGGCUGCCGUUGUCCUGGUCAACAUGGUGAUUGGCAUUUUGGUGUUUAAUAAACUUGUUUCCAGAGAUGGAAUCCUUGAUAAAAAACUCAAACACAGAGCGGGUCAGAUGAGUGAGCCUCAUAGCGGUUUGACGCUCAAAUGUGCCAAGUGUGGAGUAGUUUCAACAACAGCUUUGUCAGCCACCACCGCCAGUAAUGCCAUGGCAUCCCUUUGGAGUUCCUGUGUGGUAUUGCCUCUCCUCGCUCUUACUUGGAUGUCAGCAGUUCUCGCAAUGACGGACAAGCGGUCGAUAUUAUUUCAGAUACUCUUUGCAGUGUUUGAUUCAUUGCAAGGCUUUGUCAUUGUCAUGGUCCACUGCAUUCUCCGAAGGGAGGUUCAAGAUGCAUUUAGAUGCCGAUUAAGAAACUGCCAAGAUCCAAUCAAUGCAGACUCUUCAAGUUCAUUCCCUAAUGGACAUGCUCAAAUCAUGACAGAUUUUGAGAAAGAUGUGGACAUUGCAUGUCGUUCAGUCCUUCAUAAGGACAUUGGACCAUGCAGGGCAGCUACAAUAACAGGAACACUUUCAAGAAUCUCACUGAACGAUGAUGAAGAGGAGAAACCCACAAACCCUGAAGGAAUGAGCUACUCAACAUUGCCUGGGAAUAUAAUUUCUAAAGUUAUCAUUCAGCAGUCCGGAGGUAUGCACAUGCCCAUGAGCAUGAGUGAAUUGGCCAAUCAGUGUCUGAAAAAAGACAACACAGAGUUGCGACGGACUGUGUAUUUAUGUACUGAUGACAACCUGAGAGGUGCAGAUAUGGACGUAGUCCACCCUCAGGACCGAUUGAUGGAAAGUGACUAUAUCGUCAUGCCCAGGGGCUCAGUGAGCACACAGCCGUCGCUGAAGGAUGACAGCAAGUUAAAUAUAGGCAUGGAAACUUUGCCUCACGAAAGGCUCUUGCACUACAAAGUUAAUCCUGAGUUCAGUAUGAACCCCAGCGUAAUGGACCAGUUCAAUAUGAGUUUAGAUCAACAUCUUACUACCCAAGAACACAUGCAGAACUUGUCUUUUGAACCCCGCACAGCAGUAAAGAAUUUCAUGGCUUCAGAGAUGGAUGAUAGCACAGGACUAGCAAGAAGUGAAACUGGAUCCACCAUAUCAAUGAGUUCUUUGGAGAGAAGAAAAUCGCGUUAUUCGGACCUCGACUUUGAAAAGGUCAUGCAUACGAGGAAGAGGCACAUGGAAUUGUUUCAGGAAUUAAAUCAAAAAUUUCAGACACUAGACAGAUUUCGAGAUGUACCAAAAUCAGGCAGCAUGGAAAAUCCAACAGCAGCCAACAAGGCUCCCUGGGACAGUUUCAAAAACACAAGCGAAUACCAACAUUAUACCACAAUAAAUGUAUUAGAUACAGAGGCAAAAGAUGCUUUAGAACUAAGACCAGCAGAAUGGGAGAAGUGUCUCAGUUUGCCUCUAGACGUACAAGAAGGUGAUUUCCAAACGGAGGUUUAACAAAAGAUGCAAACAAACUGAUGUGAAAGCAAAAAUAUAGAACAAUUUUAUUUGCACUGACACUCCAGAGACUUGGGAAGCCUGACAACGCCUGUCCGAACAUUAUGGCGAACCUGUGUCAGGACCUUCAUGUGCCAAAUGUCAGUGAGUGAUUUCUUUUCGUAUGGUAUAGUCCCACUAGCCCGAACUAGUGGAGAACCCAGGUGUACAAUUCUUACCAUCGUGUCUUGUAAGUACCCGUGGAAUGGAUUUGUAAGGUAAAUCUUUAUAGAUAAACCUCAAGCAACGGUUCAUGUUGUAACAGCUUCAUUUGGUUUAGUUUUCAGAAAACUUCACCAUGAAGCACAAUGUAUAUAUUUAUGCAGUUUUUAAAGUUUAUAACAGUCUGUUUGGCCAUUACUACACUUUUUACUUUAUAAUAUAAAAAAGCAAAGUUUUGUCGUCAUUAAAUGAAUGUCUGUUGAGCUACAUUCUUCAUUGCUUUAAAUGCAAUAAAGUAAUAAUCUCACUUUUAUAUGAAUAAUAUAUUUCACAUCUUUAUUAUUGCAGUUUUCUCUGGGAAGCUCAAGAGUAGCUUUUCCUGCUGCAGCUGUGUAUAAAAUAUUUAAAAUGUUGUAUGGUGUAAAUAAACUUUUGUCUACAUAUCAGUA